ACAUAGACGAUUGUUAUAUAUAGCACGUGUUCAUAAAUAAAUGUCUAUUUUAUUUAGAGUACAUAGAGCCAUUCCUCGAUCAAUUGUCGAUGGUAAGCAAUUUUUCGGUGAAGUCACAGUGGUUAUAUUUAUUACCACUAGGCGUUAAUCCAAUACGUGUUCCCGACAGUAGCUUGCAGGGUAGACAUUAUGGUCUCAUGGAAGAUGUUUUACCACAUAUUGUAACACCAUUAGAAAAAAAAUUAGCAUCUCAAGUGAGUCUUCAUCCAUGCAUAAAUUUUGUAGCGUACAUAGUUCCAUGUGAUAAUGCUCCCUUAUAUAUUUAUACGCGUAAUGGUCGCAAAUCAACGACUGAUAGUGGCGUUGAAGCAUUUUUAUCCCCAAGAUGGGGUGGUGUUGUGUUCACUAAUCCUUCAUUUGAAGCAUGCGAAGCUGCAGCACGUGGUAAAGCUACUACCAUUAUUCCCGACGAAGCCAUUAUCAUCGGGACAUUUCUUGCACAACUAAGAUUGCUUUUAGGCAUUCCAGAAAUGAAGCCUAUAAGCAGCGUAACCGUAGUACCACUGGUUGGAUUGAAAUCACGUGAUUGGGAAGUAGAUGCUUUGCUGCGAGUUCGUGCCAUGGAACAGUUAACUUCUGCUAAAUUAACAUUGCAAUCGUUAGCUCAACUUCUCACAGAGAUCAACCGUAUCGUUAUUACAGAUGUUGUAGGAAAUAGAAUAAAAGUUGCGCUAGAUUUGGUGGAACGUUCUGCUGAGCUCCUUAGGCAUGGCGAUCUUAUGAACGGUUUUAUCCUCAGUAAAGAUGCAUUUAUUACUGCCGAAGAAGCUUUCUUCGAUCCAACUUUGUUAGCACUUCUUUAUUUUCCAGAAGAUCAAAAAUAUGCUGUAUAUACACCUUUAUUUUUACCGGCAAUGAUCCCUGUUUUGUUGUCUCUUAGAACUAUACUAAAAUAUUAUAGAGGUAGCAAAACCGACCCGAAAAAGGUAACUUCUCAAAAUAAAACGAACAAAGAUUCGACAAAGAUAAAAGAUAAGAAAGUACAGUAAUAUAAAUUAUUUAAUUUGAUAAGAUCUACGAACAAUUUUUGUUCGAAAUAAAGUAAAAGUUGAAGGGGGUUUUUUCAAAACAGUAA